CCGGUUCCUGCCACUGCACGUGAUGUCACAGUGGAUUCGUGGCGUUGUAGUCGUCUUCGCGAAGUGAUAGCCUCCGUGUCUCCGACGUUGGACGGAGCCGAGUUGGUUACGGAACAUGCUUGCUACUUGCCGCUGUCUCCGGACGGUGUCCCGGUGAUUGGCCCGGUGGCAGGCGUACAGGGUAUCUGGAUUGCUACAGGUCAUUCUUGCUGGGGCAUUUUGACGGGACCUAUAACUGGAAGACUUAUCGCCGCAAUGAUAGCAACGCACGUUCACGGUUCUAUCCCCAAUCUGACUUGUGUGCCCGACGAAAUUCGGAAAGAAGAACACGAGGAGGGACAGCGUCUGCUGAACAAUCACGGGUUCGAUUUAUUCCUUCCGAAACGUUUCGCACACGAGUCAGUUCUUGCUGGAGCCAAUUGUCGCACGAACAAGAAGCCGGAAUAA